AUGGCAGAAGACGCCGCAGCUGCCGGCUUCGCCUGCGAUACUUCAGCGUUGCCCGAGCAGUACCUAGACGCACAGUCGAGUCAGUUCAACCACGCCCUGGACGUCUUGAUAAUCUGCAACCUCAUCUUCAACGACGACCGCGUCCUCCUCUAUCGGACCGCCGACGAGCCCAAAUCCUGGAAAGACAAAGUCGGCGUCCCCAUGUUCAGACUCCGGCGCUCCGACGACCAAAGCGGCCUAGAAGGCGUCCUCAAAUCCAAAGUCGACCAAGUCAUGUCCGAGGACGUAUCAGUAGAAGAAUACGCCCGUGUCGCCUGUCGUGUCCAAGUCGGUCUGGAUCCAGCUCGGUUGCAGCAGAGUACGUCGGCCAUGGCGCUGCAUACUGCGGUCAGCUCGCCGUUGAUUGAGGAUAGUGUGUGGUUGAGGGCGAGUUUGUUGUGGAAGAUUGAGGAUGGGGUGGAGUUGAAGCCGGAUGGCCAUGUUUGUAGGGAGACGUUUUGGGCGAGCGCGGAGGCUGUGGAGAAGUUGCCGGAGGAGAGUUUUUUGAUGGGGGUUAAGCCGGAUAUACAGGCUGCGCUGGAGUUGAGGAAGAGGAGGGUUUCGUUGGCUUGA